AGCAGGAAGUGCUACAAUUUGCUUAAUGGAACGAAUAAAUAAUUAUUCAAAUUUAAGAAGUGCAUUGUGUUAUAAUAAGAUUGAAAUUAUGUUUUCCAAAUAAUCAAUUUUGGAAAUGUAACAGCAAAAUGGCCGACCAAUUGUUCAAAAUCCCGAAUGCCCUGAGCUAUCAGGGAGAUUCCAAAAAUUGGAAUAAGUUCAAACAGCAAUUCGAUAUUUACAUGAAAGCUUCAGGAUUAGAGAAGAAUGAUAGCGAAAAUAAAGUGAAUAUUUUUCUGAACAUAGCAGGAGAAGAAGCCUUAGAAAUCUUCGAGAAUCUGAAUUUAACGUCAGAAGAAAAAAAGGAUUAUGAUUCAGUUAUUCAAGCUUUCGAAAACCACUGCAGAUCUAAACACGACGAAAUUUAUAAAAGUUUUAAAUUUUUCACUAGGGUCCAGCAGCCUUCCGAGUUUUUUAGUGAAUUUUAUGACGAUUUAUUAGUGAUGGCGAGUUUCUGCAACUUCGGCAAUCAGAAGAAUCGUCUUAUCAGAGAUAGAAUCAUAGCUGGAAUAAGAAGUUCAGAACUGCAAGAACAAUUCCUUAAAUCUCCGGAUUUAACACUUGAAGAAGUAGUCAAUAUUUGCCUUGACAACGAAGUGGAAAAGAUGAACGGAGGACCUUUCAAAUGUGAAAAUGAUAUUGCCUUGGAAGGAGAUACUGUUGAUGAAGAGAGUAACAAUAAUUAUGAUGAAUUAUCAAAUCUUGAUACGAAUGUUGUGGGUUUGAAUACACUGGAUCAAAUUCAUAUUCCAAAUGAGAUUUUGUUUAAUGAUAUGGAAACAGAAGAAGGUUUUGUUGGGGAUAUGGACCUGAUUGAAUUGCCAUCAGAAAUUGAUGAAUAUGAUGAUGAAGAUGUUAAGCCUAUUGCUUCUUUGAUGCUGAAUGAUAAGAAGAAAUCCUUCUCUAAAAGAAAAAAAACGCCUGUUUCAUGUGAGGACUCUUCCGAUUCUAAUGGCUCUUCAUCGACUUCUACAAAAAAACAAUUGGAAAAUCCAGAUAGCAGAACAAGACCUCAUCGAAAGCGCAAUAAGGAAAAAGAUAUCCAGAUCAAAAUUGCAGAAGUCAAGAGGAAACUCACUAACGCUAUUGAAACAGAAACUAAAACUAAGCAAAAUAGAGUGAAGAGAAAAUACACUAGGUCCAUAAAAAUAGAAUGUAAGAAGGAGUACAGUGAGGAAUCAGAGGAUAGUAUUCUCGAAAGUUUCAACAUUCCAAUCGAGGAUCAAGAUGAGUACUCCCAAAUAACAAGUGAGGAUUCUCAGAAAUUCCAACAGGUGGAAAAUGAAUUAGGGAAUGAAUGUACAGAAGAUGACCAAGUGAAUGAAAAUUCUUUUCUAAUUGAUUUUGAACAAGGAAUUGAGGAUCAAGAUGAGUACUCCCAUAGAGAAGGUGGGGACUCAGAAAUAUUUUCACUGAUUGAUGAAAAUGAAUCAGUUGAGGAAUACCCUCAAGAUUCUAUAGUGGCCGAGGAAGAAUCUAUUCUACUAGAUGAUGAACAAGAAAUAGAAGAUCAAGACGAGUAUUCUCAAAUAUCAGAAAGAUCUUCCUCAAUGGAGUGUGAUUUUAGUGAAACAAAAAACAGGGAAGAAUGUUCAGAAUAUGAAAAAACUGACAAUACAUUUGGAAUGAUGAAUGAAAUGGCAGAAGCUGAAUAUAUGCUGGAAAAGGACACAAACGCCUCACCACAACCAAAAAAAAGACGUAAGAGGAGGGGAAAGUUAAAAACAUCAAACAAAAUACAAAAGCCAGUAGAGGCUAAAAUAAUUAAAGUUAAGAGGGACAACUUGCCGCCUCUCAUUUUAAAAUCUAUAAGAAAGAAAACAUUGUUAUUAGGAAAAAUGCCGUUUUCCUGUAAAAAAUGCGACGCUACAUUCUGGACAUCAUUCCAACUGGAUAAGCACCAACUUGUACAUGUUUUGAAGAAGGUACCCCCACCAUCUAAACCACCUUCUAAGGUCUUCAAGUGCGAAGAAUGUGGAAAAGAGUUCAAAAAAAUUUGUGACCUGGAGCGUCAUACAAGAGUUCAUACCGGGGAGAAGCCGUCAGUCUGCAACAUAUGCAAUAAAAGAUUUCAGCAGCCAUACAAUCUAAACAAGCAUUUGUACACCCAUACCCAGGAGAAAAACUUUGAGUGUGUUAUUUGCCAGAAGAAGUUUGGCCGAAACGAUGUUCUCAACAGACAUGUGCUAACCCAUUCUAUCGUGAAACCCUUCCGAUGUUCUGUUUGCUCAAGAACUUUCAUCAGAAAUAGUCAACUCAAGCUACAUUUUAAGAAGCAUCAUGGUGAAGAGAAAGAUGCAGAAAGUGAAACAAGCAACAAUGAAGCUAUUGCUAGUACAUCUGCUGACUAAGUUGAGUGUGAUUGUGUUUCUAACCUGAAUUGAAUGAAGGUGCUGUGUAUAUAUUAGAUGUAGUGAAGUAUUAUGUUUGAGAAGGUCUUCUACAAGAAUUUUAUCUUUAACAUUUGCCUUCUUUUUAUAAUUCAAGGAGGAAUCUUUUCAUUUUAAAUCCAUUUAUGUGAAUCAAUUAUAUAUAAAGUUUUUUUUAUGUAAUUCAUAUAUUAUCUUGAAUGAAAGUAUUGAAAUCAUAAUGGUUUAUUGUUUUACAAAUUAACUUCCUUUAUCAAAGUCUAAUUGGUAGUUCACAGAUUUUUUUUUUUUUUUUCAUAUUAUAUUUUCCUGCAUAACGGAGAACUGAAAUUUUUAAUGAUGAGACUAAUAUACAAUUUGAUGCCAAAAUAUUGAAACUUAAUUGACAUGUAAGAAUUUGGCACUAUAUUGAGAUUUUAUUUGUGAAGAAAUUGUACAUAACUGUUGAUUUUUCUAUGAAUAAAAAAUACAAAAAAACGUAUAAAUUUUUUGAGGGGAUUUUUGCUUUCACUUAGUCAGGAAACUGUUUCACCCUAAUUGCUACUCUUGUAUUGAAAGCUCAAUAAUAUUCAAUUGGAAAAAAUCUAAUCAUGAGUUUUUUUAUUUAAUGUAAUUUUUUGUUCAUAAUUUUAGGGAUUAUCAACAAACGAUAUUCGUAUACUUACAUAGAAGUGGGUUCGGGAGCAUUUAACGAGUGAAUUUAGAAUAUUUAUGUGAACACAAUAUAUCCAUUUAUUGAGACUUCAUAAUUCUGGCUAUAUACAACAGGUUGAAACCUAGUUGAAUAUAUGAAUCUAAACGUGCCUUUUGAUGAAUUUGUGCCUUGAAGAAAUUUUUUUUCAGCUUUAAACAUUUUCUGUAAUGUUGAUUUUGGUGUAGUUAUGUAAUAUAAUCAGAAUAGAAUAAAUCUUGCCUCAAA